AUGGCGCAUCGAAUAAUAACCCAAGUCGUAAUAACGGGCUCUCGAGUCCUCGGCCGCGCCUUCGCAGAAGCCUAUAAACAAGCCUCCGCGACCUCCCAAUACGCCAAAGCGCACGCCAAAAACAAUCCCGGCGCCGCAAACACAUUUGCCUCCCACGGCCUGACCCUCGAAGAAGCAUGCAAAAUCUUGAAUGUUAAACCGCCCCAGGGGGGCAAGGCAAACAUGGAGGAGGUCACGGAACGUUUCAAACGACUGUUCGAUGUGAAUGAUCCGCAGAAGGGGGGCAGUUUUUAUCUGCAGAGUAAAAUCUUAAGAGCAAGGGAGAGGAUAGAGAGCGAGGUCCGGAUUGCCGAGGAGGCGACGAGUAGGGAGGCAGAGUUAAAAGAAGGGUGGAAGCCGAAGGUUUUCAAAGACAGGUAG